GGGGGCUCUUGGCCCGACUUUCCAUCACAUCUCACUUGGAGCGUUUCGGCACAGCACUUGCUGGCACACCGGCGACCACAGAAAUCCUUCUUUGAGACGCUCAUCAGGAGCCUGAUCAUCCUGUGCGUGGCCAUCGCCGUGGUCCUGUCGUCCAUCUCCAUCUGCGAUGGCCGCUGGCUCUUUGCGAGGGGGCAGCUCCUGGGCCUGUGGCACUUCUGCACCAUUAGCAACGACAGCGACCUGAAGUGUGUCACAGACCUCAGCCUGGCCCAGGUGGAGGGGCUGAGCGUGGGGGUGAUUCCCAUCAGGAGCAUGGUGUCCUUUGCUGUUGUGGUUGCUAUAUUUGGGCUGGAGCUGCUGAUGGUGUCCCAAGUCUGCGAUGAUGCCCAUGCGAGGCGGAAAUGGGCAAUGGGUUCCGUUCUCAUCCUCAUCUCUUUUUUGCUGUCAGCCACUGGUGUUCUGAGCUUCUCCAUCCUGGUGAAGGAUCACCUCACCUUCACAGGCUUCACGCUGACAUACUGGUGUGAGUUCAUUGCUGCCUUUCUCUUCUUCCUUAAUGGAAUCAGUGGACUUCACAUCAACAGCCUCACACACCUCAGGAACGGGGUAGGCAAAAUCUAGGCACAAAGGAUGUACCUCUGCCGUUGUGUAAUCAACUUUGCCAAUUAGACUGGGAAAAAAAGAGUCUAAUGAAGUUUGAAAAGGAUGCCCUGUGUUAAUUUGUGUGCAAGGAGGUGAAGCAUGAGUCAGUCUUGAUGCCCGUAGAAGAUGUACCCACCCACUGGUCAGCAUGGAGAGCUGUGCAGCACCAGCCAAGCAGAGACUGGGACUGGCUGCUACUGCAAUGUGGUUUUGUGGAGGAGUGACUUAAAGCAGAGAGUUUCCUGUUAAACGUGCAGAGGUUUGGAAGACUGCAAUCUAUCCCACAUGCUGAUCUGAGGCUUACACAAACCUGUACUGCUGUGGGUUUGGUGUUGCUGUGAUUUUCCCAUAUUCUGGAGCCUGUGAAGAGUGUGAUACAGCUUUGGUGUGUCUCAUGGGUUUGUUCUGGCUCAGGGACAGAUGAUCGCUGUCUGGCCAUGCUCACUGGUGUGGAGUAUUGAAAAUCUUCACUGGAUCUUACUCCUUCAUUUUGCUUUCAAAAGAGAAGGCACACAGAACUUGAUCUGGUCACAGUUUUGUUUCUUUCUGGCACGUUCCCUUUAUCUGUUCUUUUCUUGGCCAGUGUUUUGGUGACACUUCAGACAGAGGGGCUGAUCUGGGGCCAGGGUAGGUGUUGGGUGAUGCAGACAUACAGGGAAGGGAUGUGAUACUUUCCUCAGGAAGCUGAGCAUAUCCCUGUGUUUGUGGGCUCUCCCUGGUGUCACCACUCCUGCCAUCCCUGAAGGACAUGUGCCAACUGGUCAACCAAACUGGCUCUCUCAUAACCCUUGCAAAGUUUACGGUAACAGGGCAUUGCUGGUUUGUUUUCUUUGUCUCUUUGGGGCAAGAGGGACAAGCUCUGUGGAGGCUUCAUGGGAUGUUGUGGCUGGGCAGACCAUGCAGAGACCACCACAGCUACUGGGAUGUAUUUUGGUUAUCACGGUUUCCACUGGGGCAGUGGGAAAUCUGCUCAUCCUGUAGCUGAGUCUUCUGUAGAGUUUCUUUUGGAGAGGAGAAAGCCCUAGAUCCUCCUGAUCGGAUCAGGUCCUUUCCUUCCUCUGACUAACAGUGAGCCUGGGAGGAGAAGCAGCCCGUGAUUGCUUAAGGAGGGGCUGAUGGGUGCAGCUCUAAUCUGUCACCGCUGGUAGAAAUGUUGAGAGACCUGGCCAAAAUUAUUGUACUAAGGCUGGUCUUCCUUCUGCCAAUGUCUGAGUCAAGAUCUCUAAAAUUGCUACAGCUUUACACGGUGUCUUAUGUAAAAGGAGAGAAGACCUCAUUUGUAGAGUGUAUUGCCCUACAUGUGUUCUCCCUGUCCCAACACACAGCACUCGGUUGCUCCCUGUUAAAAAUGUUUUCAGAGUAUUUCAGGUUUCUGGUUUACUGUUUGCUUUGUAUCCACUGGUAAAGCUGCUUAUAUCCUUGUUUUAGAACAAAUGUUUCUGCAUGUUUCAUCCCUGUACUUUGUUGAGCAAGGUUUUAGUUUCCUGUGCAACAAGUUUGACACAGUUUUGCACUUGAAACAAAUGCAUCACAGCACAAAGGCCAAAAAGCCCUUGUAGGUGAGCCAUGAGUAAACAGUUUUGUCUUUGAAAGCUAAGAAUCUUAAUCUGUGCCUGAGCUGAAUGUGCCACACUUUGAUGAAUGUGCUGCUGUGGACUUGCUUGCUUUCAGGAGGACAGUCUCCAUUCCUUGUUGGACUUCUGUAACUUAAGACAACACUCCUAAGCCCCUUUGGCAAUGCAGGUUCAGACUCGACAUGUUCUGGAUGUACCAGUUGUACUUUACUUUCACACAUGAAUCUGCUCAUCCUUCUGUCAAGAUGAUGCAGAGCUGUGCUACCCAGACAGCUCCUGAAGCUCUUGAGAUGUCUGGGGCUUUCAUGGCAUUUCUUAGCCCAAUCUCAAGGACAAGGACUUGUACCCAUAACUUGUCUCUGGAAAACUGCACUGUGACUGUCUGUUUGUGAAGGUGCUUUUGAUUUGCUGAAUUUGGCACUGUUGAAAACAUGCUGCUGGGCUGAACUUGCAGAUGCUUGUGUGAGCUGCUGCUGUUGGCUUCAGCAGAGCCACUUAGGCCAAAGAGACCCUGCAAGGUCUGGUCCCAAACUGCUGCAAUUUGGUGUUACCAGGAGUAUCUUAACAAACCAAUUAUAAAGUUGUGGUGCCCAUGACAGGCAGGACAGAUCCCCUAUAAGUAAGGCUGUCUGUCUAUGGCCUGUCUAGAAACAUGAAUGUAACUUCAGAGUGACAUUUUGGUGACAUUCAGACUUGGAAAUCACUUGUGUGUACAUCCCCUCAUGCUAGUGAGAGGCUGUGCCUCCAUCCCUUUCCUUGGAAGGCAGCCAUGGCCAGACCAGGUUCCAGGCUGGUGCCUCCCGCUUGGGUUAGAGGGAGACUGGACAAUUGGCCAUUGAGUUCAUCCUAGACAUGGUGCAAUUGGCAAUGAUUUUCAGGAUGCCCUCUGCUAGCUGAAGAAGAGGCCUUUUGUUGGGGGUAGGGAAUCCUCUGAGGAAAAUAGAAUAACUUUUUUUCCCCAACUGUUUUUUUUGUGUAGUACUGCUCAGUUAUGGUGGGAAAAGAUGCAUUUUGACAGCUAAAUAUUACAAAACAGUUGACUGUCUGGAGAAAUCCUCUUCUAUAGAGCAAGCUGUGCAGCAGUGGGUCACUGUUCAUUUUCUGAAGUGUGUGGAAGUGUGUCAAGCAAUAUUUCUGAA